AUGAACACCCAGACUCUCUUCGCAAACGCCACCGUGUCUCGCAUUCAACUCUCUGUUGACUUCUCCGAACCUGGACACUACAUUCUAUUUGCUUACCACAUCAUAUUCUCAACAAGUGCGGUUCUGCUCUCAGGAUCUGUAGUCAUCGGGAUCCUAAAAACGAAGCAUCUCCGAAUUCAGAACAGAUUCAUGUUUAUGCUGAGCACAAGCAUGAGUGAUGUGUCACAGUGUCUGGGCCUGUAUUCUUAUUACUCAGGUCUUUUUGACGUUCAAGAGGUAUUCCCAUCCAGAAACGGAACUUACAAUAUUUUACCAUCUUUCCUCGGUGUAAACCUUUUAGUCUUCGUGUUUGCCCAGUUUGAUAGAUACUGCGCCGUGUGUUAUCCUUUCAUCUACGAGCGCUUCAUCUCACGCACUGUAGUCAUUUGUGUCUGUUCGUACUGCUGGUUCCACGCUUGCGUUCUGUUCCAGCUUAUUUUGAAUUUGAUCCCAGUUAUAAUAAGUAACAAGCUAUUUGCCUUUAGCAUCGCCACGUUACAAAUUGUCGUGUUGACCAAUGUGUUGAUGACGAUUAAACUGUUCUUCGUUGCCAAACAUCAAGUUACACGAGACCCGCCAAGUGCGGAGAGGGACAGCAAGGCAGAGUCUAUAAAGUUCCAGUCCAGCCUUAUGUCUUAA